AUGGAAAAGAUACAGAAACAAGAAUGGAAAAAUGAAACUAUCAUCACAGAAUUUGUUCUUCUUGGCUUUGGAGACCUCAAGGAGUUUCAGAGUCUUCUCUUUGUGGUUUUUCUGAUUAUUUAUAUCAUGACUAUGACUGGGAACCUCCUAAUUAUUUUGUUAGUUGUAACUGAUCAGAAUUUGCACACCCCAAUGUAUUUCUUCCUAGGCAAUCUGUCAUUCCUGGAAAUCUGCUACAGCUCUACAAUCAUCCCCCAGAUGCUCUCCAUUUUCUUAAUGGAGAAGCAACAUGUUUCUGUUCAUGGCUGCAUUUUGCAGUUAGGUACUUUUGGAUUAUUUAUAACAACAGAAUGCUGUCUCCUGGCAGUAAUGUCUUAUGAUCGCUAUUUGGCAAUUUGUAGACCUCUACAUUAUUCAGUUAUUAUGAAUUUGAGAGUUUGCCUUCAGCUAGUAUUUGGAUCUUUCUUUAGUAGUUUAGUGAUAGAUGUAACUUUGAUAUGUUUUAUUUUGCAGUUAACAUUUUGUGGCCAUAACAUUAUUGAACAUUUCUAUUGUGAAUUCACUUCAGUAGUAGAAUUAGCUUGUAAUAAUGGUGCUCAGGUAAUACUUUUAGCAGUUGGGUUGACCUCUGUCUGUACAUUGCCACCAUUGCUUUCAAUAAUAGCAUCUUAUAGCUACAUUAUUAGAAGUGUUCUCAGAAUCCCAACAAGAAGUGGGAGAAAAAAGACCUUUGCUACCUGUUCUUCUCAUCUCAUUGUGGUGGCCAUCUUCUAUGGGACUCUCACCAUUGUGUACAUUUUGCCAGAUACUAAUGAACUGCGAGAAAUUGACAAAGUUUUCUCCAUCUUUUAUACUAUCCUUACACCCUUGGUGAAUCCUCUUAUAUAUAGUUUGAGGAACAAAGAAGUGAAGGAAGCUCUGAGGAGAACAAUUUACAAAUGUGCAGACUUCAUAAAAGUGCUUUGA